AUGUGUGUAGUUGGAUUCAUUCUACAAUUGGUUCAACUGCCGUUUUCUACGGCGGCAUCAAUUGAAAUAGAUCAUGAUCAAGUCAAAGGCAAACAGUUACUAGAGUCAACGUAUCCAGCAUCGAUCCGUAUCGAUGAUGCUAUGUCAUAUCUCAACGAAUUGCAACAAUUGGCCACAGCCGAAAAUGGAACGCGAGCAAUCGACACAACGGGUUUUAAUCGAACACUCGACUAUUUGACUGACCAUCUGGCGGCUAAUACAAAUUUUAGAAUCACAAAAAAAUUCUUUUCUGUAAGAAAAUUUACUCUUGCACAUCAUCCUACUCUUCUUUCAUCGAUCAACGGUCAAAUAGUUAAUCAUAGCUAUUCGACUGAUCCUUCAAAAAGCGACUUUUUACCAGUUCGCUUUUCUACCACAGUCAAUUUAUCGAAUUAUACUCGAUUAACAGUCAUUCCCAAUUUUGGCUGCUCACACAAAGAUUGGUUGAGUGCAAAUCCACCGACUAGCGGUCGAAUCGUGUUGAUAAAUCUAGGCUUGUGUCCAUUUCGCGAAAAAGGCGAUCUCGCAGCCAAGUACAAUGCUACUGGUAUUCUAUUUUACAAUGAUGGCACCUCCCCUGAUAAUAUGGCACCUAUUUCGGUAAGUCUUGCACAAACGAAUUCCAUACCAGCACUAUUUCUCUCAUUUACUCUCGGUGAACGACUUGCGCAAGCUGCUCGAGAUUUAUCAUCAAAUGUAGCGAUUCGUUUCAGUAUUGUGCUAACGAACGAAGCACCGAUUCCUGUUGGUAAUAUCUGUGCCGAUACACCCACAGGUGAUCCGACUCAGACCAUUCUUAUCGGCAGUCACAGUGAUAGCGUACCAGCUGGACCUGGAAUCAAUGAUAACGGUGAUGGUAGUGCGGCCAAUCUUGCUUUAGCAGCAACUCUUGCACGUCUCUUUCGAACGCGUAACUAUGCCAAAUACAAGUACCGCAUACGAUUCUGUUGGUGGGGUGCCGAAGAAGUUGGCCUUCUCGGCUCAGCGUUUCACGUUUCAGAAGCUCUCAAGUCCACUGUUGUCGGCGAACGUAUUAUUGACUAUUUAUUCACUCUCAAUCUUGAUAUGCUCGCCUCACCGAAUUUCAUGUUUGGCAUCUAUGAUGGUCACACAGCCAGAAAUGAUACUCCGCCGAUGGCUAUGCCGGGUAGCAACAAAGUUGCAAUACUCUUUCAAGAUUGGUUCAUUCGACAAGGCUUACCUUGGGAUUAUACUGAAUAUACUGACCGUGCUGACUAUGCACCAUUUCUUGCGGCGGGAGUUGCAACGGGAGAUCUCUUCUCAGGCGCUGACGAUAUAAAAACGCAAGAACAACGCGAUCGUUACGAUCGCAUUCUAGGUCAAGGUCAAGGUGGCAUGGCAGGCGUCCCUCAUGAUCCAUGCUAUCAUAAGGCCUGUGAUUCUAUUCAAAACGUAAAUGUAUUCGUCUACGAGAAGAUGAUCAAAGCAGCUGCUUAUGCCAUCGAAAGUUUAGCACGACAGGCCGAUUUGAAAACAUGGCUUUAUCCAAUAGAAGACAGUCAACGUGUAACCAACUAA